CUAUCCACCACACGGGUAUCCCUAAUGGAAGAGGCAUUUCAUUGGGUAUGAAAUACUGUAGGAAAUAUGCUAGAUGCCACUCAGACAGUCCCAUGUGAAAUCUAGGAAUUGCUUUUUGAGGUAAAUGCCUUUGAUGCAUAUAAUUUGACACAUCUUACACAGGAUCCCUCUUUUCUUGUGACCAGAGCAAACCACUCCCUAAGCUUGAGGUUUUCCUGGUCUUGGCACUGUCUGAGUCAUAAUAAUACGUUAAAAGGCAUUCCCAUCAGCUAAGACUUUCAAAGUCUCCUUGGACUGGCCAUUUUCAGAAGCUUCUGUGGUCUGCCAAGGGGAGAUGCAGGUUUUACUCUGUCUGGUUUGUGCCUUUGGCCUUUUUGGUCAGUAUCAUCCAGCACCUUUACCACUGGAAGAUGAUGGACCAGUGCAUCCGACAAGACCUGCUCAGAAUGACCUGUCCGUGGCGACAAAAUACCUGCAGAAAUUCUACAGUUUCCAAGCAGAUCCUAAAGGCCGCAGGAGGAGGAGUCGUCCCUCGUUCUCUUCCAAACUGAAAGACAUGCAGAGCUUUUUUGGGCUGAACAGGACGGGAACCCUGAACCCAGACACCCUCGCUGUCAUGACGGCUCCUAGAUGUGGCGUCUCAGAUGUGGAGGAUUACAGUCACAGACGUGGAAACAGGUGGAAGAAAAACAUCAUCACUUACAGUGUAGGGAGAUACACCAGUGACUUACCAGUGAAUACAGUGGAUGAUCUGUUCGCGUUGGCUCUAGAUGCAUGGGCAAAGGCCAGCCCUCUCACCUUCCAGAGGUCAUAUUCACACCAGGCGGACAUCAUGGUGGAGUUUGUUGGAAACGAACAUGGCGACUCCUUCCCCUUCGAUGGUCCGGAUGGCACACUGGCCCAUGCUUUUGGCCCAGGGGAAGGCAUCGGUGGGGACGUUCAUUUUGAUGAAGCCGAAGCAUGGACGGCUGGGUUCAAAGGGUUUAACCUGUAUGUGGUAGCUGCACAUGAGUUUGGUCAUGCUCUUGGUCUGAAGCACUCGCAAAACCCAGAUUCAGUGAUGUAUCCGACGUACAAAAAUAGAAAAACACAAAACCUGCUCUCCAGUGAAGAUAUCAUGAACAUAAACACACUCUAUGGGCCAAGGGACAAAAGGCCCUAUCCAUCUGCAAGAUUUAGCUGGAGCUAUCCCAGCAGCCCCUGGUACAGUGGUUCAUAUUUCCCCGCGUCAUUCAAGGACACAUGUAAUUCCAAUCUGACUUUUGAUGCUGUGACUACUGUGGGAGAAGCCAUUUUCUUCUUCAGGGACAAAUACUUGUGGAUCAAACACAAUAAUCAAAAUGAUAUAAAGGAAGGUCCGAUCAGCAAUUUCAUGCCAAAAAUUGAUUGUCGGAUCGACGCUGCUUACUGGGUUCCCCAGCGCUCAGCAGCAUAUCUGUUCAACGGGACAAAUUUCUGGACUGUGAAAGGAUCCCAGGUAAAAGGCAGAGCGAAAAACAUCAGCAGCCUGGGGUUCCCAUCAUGGGUACAGCAGAUAGAUGCUGCAGUCCACAUUCACAAAACUGUACACACCCUGUUCUUCACCCAACACCAGUACUGGAGGUAUAAUGAACACAACAAGACAAUGAGUGACUCCAGCCCACGUAACAUUUCUGACGACUUCCCAGAAAUAAAUGGACCCCUGAGUGCAGCAAUUUAUAAAGAUGGUUCUCUUCAUUUCUUUGUUGGCUCCGAUGUGUAUGAAUAUGACGUCAAACAAAAGGAAAUUAUUGGUGCAGAUAAGACAACUUCCUGGCUUGGAUGUUAACGGACAUUCGUUAGACUAAUAGUUCCUAAAUCCAAUUAUAUUUUAAAGGUGAAUCAUGCAGCAAAAGUGGCUGCAAAGAUGGCAUUAGUUAUGUUGUACUGAACUGUAUUUUUCAGCAUGGUGAGCUUGUGUUUUAUGUGGUGAAUGCAUCUACUGUUUAAUGUCUUUGGAACAUAUUUGAAAUGCAAAUGUAUCUAAAAAGUCAGAAUGUGGUUUCAAUUCAAAUUUAUGACUGUAUCAUUACUUCUAAAGAAAAAAAACGUGUUUGCCAUUCAGUUCUGCAGUUGCAUGACUGAGGUAAA